AUGCACGUUUCUACUGUUCUCGCCAGCGUGGCUAUCUUGACCACCGCGGUCUCAGCCGUCCCUCAUAAGCUUCAAAGUCGGAGCUCCAGUGGCCAAAAUGUAGUCUACUGGGGUCAGGACAACAACGUCCAGGACCUUUCCAAGUAUUGUACAUCCUCCUCCGGUAUCGACAUUAUCGUUCUGUCUUUCCUUUAUGAGUUUGGCAAUGGCCAAACCAUCGCAUCGGGAACAAUCGGAAAUCAAUGCUAUCUCUCGACCGCCGGUGUGCCUCAGAACUGCGAUGGCCUGGCUGCCAACAUUGAGACUUGCAAGUCCAACGGGAUCAAGGUCAUACUAUCCCUAGGCGGUGCGUCGGGAGCCUACUCGCUAUCAUCCCAGACCGAGGCCGAGACGAUUGGCCAAAAUCUGUGGGAGGCGUACGGCAACACCGCCAGCAACUCUAGCGUCCCACGGCCUUUUGGCAAAACAUUUGUCAACGGCUGGGAUUUGGACAUCGAGGCUUACAGCGGAAAUCAAUAUUACCAGUAUCUCUUGGCCGCGCUACGGUCUAACUUUGCAUCCGACCCCUCGAACACCUACUACAUUACGGGAGCGCCACAAUGCCCUAUUCCGGAACCCAACAUGCAAAUCAUCGUCAGCAAUGCCAAAUUCGAUUACCUGUGGGUCCAAUUUUACAACAAUCCUGGUUGUUCCGUCAAUGGCGACAUAAACUACGACGCUUGGGUGUCCAACGUGGCCAAUACCCCCUCUGACGGCGCCAAAAUAUUUAUUGGCGUCCCCGCAUCCCCGCUUGCGGCUACGGGUACAUCGAGCGGCUCUCAGUACUACCUCCAGCCUAGUGCGCUCGCAACGCUCGUUGCUAAGUAUGCGAGCAAUUCUGCAUUUGGUGGUGUGAUGAUGUGGUCCGCUGGAUAUUCGGACUCAAACGUGAAUAACGGUUGCACUUAUGCCCAGGAGGCUAAGAGUAUCCUGACGACAGGCUCCGCGUGCUGA